CUUCUUCUCUCACUACAUCUUAUACCUUCUCCUCUUUUAAUCUGGAACCACAUUCUACUGUUCACAAUGUUCAUCUACCAAGGAAAGUUCGACUGGCCUGAGUACGCCGACAACGAGACCUUCACAAUCAUCUUCCCCAAUGGUGUUGUUCGCGCCAAUGACCCAGUCUACCUCUUCACCCAGUGGACAAAGGACUCCCAUCGAGUCCGAAAGUCCAAGUUCUUCCAGACCAUCGUUGUCUCAGACGUGAAGCAGCUUUCCAACACCACCGAUGUCUCCUUCAAUCUCUCUGGCUCUUGGUACAGCUAUGCUAUCACCACUGAGCAGAACUAUGCCAAGAUCAAGGUUGAUAUGUCAAGCCCUGGUGGCCAGAAGGCCAUCGCUCUAGACCGCGUGUGGAAGCCUCAGGGCAAGGUUGACCACGAUGCUGCCCUUCGUAUCUGGGCGGGAAGCAUUACUAUCCACGACAGUGCUAUUGAUGAGCAAGCAAUCUUCGUCCUCCCUGAGGACUACAAGGAUGGCAAGCCUGUGAUCUCCUCGUGGCAGUGGACAAAGGACACUGCGGGCAAGGCCAAGACUACUGCUUUCAAGGGGACCCCAUUGAAGUUUGUCAGUUCCGAUGACAAGAUCUCCAAAUUCGCAUUGAACAAUGUCUACGAUUUCACCUGCUCUUGGAACCGCAAGACUGAGAAGCUCGGCCUUGAGAUCAAGAAGGACGGAAAGCAGACCAGAGUCGGCGAAUUGAACCUCGUGGCUAAGAUUGAACCAAAAGCCCACUCAUUUGACUCUGACGACUUGGUUCCCCCAACCAAGAAGGAGACUGAGUUUCGUCUCCCUCAGCCUCAGACUACCCUUCCCCGAGUUCUCGACCCUAUGCCGUUCCCCAAGACUCUUCUUGAGACCCUUACACAAGGAGCCGCUUUCAUUGAACAAGCUGGAUACCUCACUGUCCAAGCCCAGAACAAAUUCGCUGCUCUAGAUGCCGACUUCCACAAGCAGACCGUUCUCGUCGAAACCCUCAAGAAGGACAAGAAGAACCUUGAGAGCGAGAUUACUUCCCUUACAGGUCAACGCAACAAGGCCAACGCAACCAUCAAUGAGCUGAAGAACCAGCUCGCUAAGGCUAGCGAGGAGUACCAAAAGAAGGUUAAGCAACUCAACGACAGAAUCGAGCAUCUCAAGCAAGACGACAGGUUUGACCACAAGGUCAUCAACAAGCUGCAGCAAGACCUCAACAAGCUUCUCAACGACAUCGCGACACUCAAUGAUGAGUUGAGCAAGGCUCAGUGUGAGAAGGAGGAGCUUAACGAGAUUAUCCUUACUCUCCAGGGAGAAAUCAUUACCCUUGUUGCUCAGGUUCUUGAGCUUGAGAAUGCGCUCAAGGUCCAGAAGAAGGAGAACAUUCGUCUUCUCCGUGAGAAUGGAGAACUCGACCAAAAGCUUCAAGAGUCACUGAUCGCCAACAAGGCUCUCCAAAGCCAACUCGCCACCGCUGAGGCUGACCACGAACGCACCAAGAUGGAGCGUGACGAUGCACUCACCACCAUCACGAACACCAAGAAAGAGCUCGAUGAGACCAAGGCACUGCUCGAGACCAAGCUCGCUGUGCUCAAAGAGACCUCAGAGAAGCUCACGAAGCACAAAGAGGAGCUCGCCACGGCGCAAAAGCAGGUGCGAGACAGAGAUCGCGAGGCCAAGACUUUUGAAACUCGCAUUAAGAAUUGGGAGAGUAAAUUUCAGAGCAGGAACGACGGAUGGAGCAAGCUGGUGGAUGAGUAUCAGGAGAAGUGCUAUGCUGGAAAGACCAGUGAGGCAGAAUUGGAAGAGCUCGCUAACCGUGUUGAGGAUUUCCGAGUGCUCGUCUGAAGCCAGGAGCCGGAGCCGACAGUCAAGUUACCAGUUCAACCUAUUCCGAGGAAUGAUCCCUUGUUGGCGCCGGCAUGGGCUUUGAGACGGUUCUAUGGGUCUUUGAUCACCGUUCUGACAUUUGGAUGGUUACGAUGGGGAAGAGGUUAAGGUGUAAUGGGUUCUAAAUAGGGUUAUCAGUUUGGGCACAAUUCUUUCUUAUUUCUUAGCUUUGUAUUGACAUUUCGACUUUUGACUAUACAGUCUCCUCAU